AGAGAGACAGGGCAGUACCUGGGAUAUGCAUCUUUCAUUACACUACACGGUGUGUCUCCACUGCACAGAUCUUUCUCCAGCACGUAGCCCUUUCAUACACAAUACAUACAAACAGAUUUGAAAUGCGAGGAGUCAUCAGUUUGCCUUCAAGAUAGUUAAACUCUCCCAUCACUGGAAGAUUUUGUCUCUCCUCUGAAGGAUGUUGCAUUAUUAAAAGCCACUGCUCUGGGUAGGACUGCAACACCAAAUGCAACAUUGAAAUAACCACUGCAGCGCUGAAGAUCUGAGGGUCUGGCCUCUUUGUUUCUAUCCUCAAAGCCCAUUUCUUUUGUUCUCUCGAGAGAAAUCGCCCACUUACUCCUUCAACAAUGUUUCUGCAGAAAUGGUCGGCACUUCUUCAUUUCACUUUCUAUUUAAGGGCACCUGUGAGCUUUUUCUUUCUCCAAGGUUGCUUGGCAAGUAAAUCAGAAGAAAGACUUUUUCGCAAACUGUUCUCCCGUUACAACCAGUAUAUCAGACCUGUAGAAAAUGUGUCCAAUCCCGUGAAGGUGCAUUUUGAAGUGGCAAUUACCCAGCUUGCAAAUGUGGAUGAAGUCAAUCAGAUCAUGGAGACAAAUCUCUGGCUGCGACAUAUUUGGAAUGAUUAUAAAUUGAAAUGGAAUCCAGUGGAGUUUGGUGGAAUUGAAUUUAUCCAUGUGCCAUCAGACAAAAUUUGGAAACCUGAUAUUGUGCUAUACAAUAAUGCUGUCGGAGACUUCCAGGUUGAAGGACGGACCAAGGCUCUUCUCAGAUAUGAUGGCACCAUCACCUGGAUACCACCUGCCAUUUUUAAAAGCUCCUGUCCUAUGGAUAUUACCUUCUUCCCCUUUGAUCACCAGAACUGCUCCUUAAAAUUUGGAUCGUGGACAUAUGACAAAGCCAAGAUAGAUCUUUUGAUUAUUGGUUCCAAAGUGGACAUGAAAGACCUUUGGGAGAACAACGAAUGGGAAAUAGUUGAUGCUUCUGGCUAUAAACAUGACAUAAAGUACAACUGCUGUGAGGAAAUCUAUACGGAUAUAACCUACUCUUUUUAUAUCCGAAGGCUCCCCAUGUUUUACACUAUUAAUCUGAUUAUACCUUGCCUGUUUCUUUCAUUCCUGACUGUAUUCGUAUUUUACCUUCCAUCAGACUGUGGAGAGAAAGUAACACUUUGCAUCUCUGUCCUCCUUUCAUUGACUGUUUUCUUGCUGGUAAUUACAGAGACAAUUCCCUCAACUUCUUUGGUCAUCCCACUAGUGGGAGAAUACUUGCUUUUCACCAUGAUAUUUGUGACACUCUCUAUUGUGGUGACAGUCUUUGUACUGAAUAUCCAUUACCGGACUCCAACAAUGCAUACAAUGCCCAACUGGGUCAAAACUGUCUUCCUUGGUCUUCUGCCCAAGUUUCUGAUGAUGAAGAGACCCAUACAGAAGCAUGUUGACUCCCAACCCCCCAAACCUGUGAAAGAAAGCAUCACUAAACCCAGUAAGCCCAAGGCUGAUGAGCUUGCAGAAGUGGAAGUCCUCAGUGAGAACCGCUGCUGCCACUGUGACAACUCCAAGGACACAGUGGCAAGGAAGCAAAGGAGACAGAAUUGCCAAUCUGCCAAAGGGGAGGCUGAAUCAGUCGAGUAUUCCCCAGAGGUUAAAGAAGUCAUUAACAGUGUUCAGUUCAUCGCAGAAAACAUGAGGAGUCAGAAUGAAACUAAAGAGGUAGAAGAUGACUGGAAAUAUGUCGCCAUGGUAAUCGAUAGAGUAUUUCUGUGGGUGUUCAUAAUUCUCUGUGUAUUUGGAACAGCGGGGAUAUUCCUACAACCAUUGAUAGCAGAUGUAUAGUAUAUGGUGGUGAUUCACAUUUUGCAUGAUUCUUUUUAAUAGGAUAAUCACAACACACAUUGGCAACACUUUAUAGAAUAUCAAUUUUCAUCUCAAGCCAUAAGAAAAAUAUUCUCACCACUUUACGAUGUAUUAAGCCAGUACUUCAAUUCAGUAGACUAGCUCCCAUUAUUCACAGCCAGCAAAACCUAUGAAGUUCCAUCUCAACCUUUUUAGAGGAUAAUAGAUUGGAGAAAUCUGUCUUAAUAUAGUGGCUUUCAAAUGUUCCUCAGAUAAUCCUUUCCAUGCUCAUUUUUAUGCUAAGAAAUUCUUGGUACAUAUCUCUAAGAUAAACAGCAAUAUUCAUAUUGGCUCAGAUUCCUGAUCCUUUGUAUAGAAUAGGUUUUUUGCUUCAUUUAUGGAAAACAUAAAAUAGGUCAAGAUGAAUCAGAAGAGAAUCAUCAGCUCAAACUCUCACAACCAUUUCUAAACAUUCCUAAACUUUUUGUAAAGAAAAAUCCUUUAUACAUAAGCCAUUCAUUUGCAAGUAAUAAAUGAAUAGAUUGCUGAGUGGUGCAGUAGCUGAGAGGUGAACAUGCUCGGCUCACAGAUGUUUCUUUAUCAGGGUGCAAAGAAAAAAUAGCUGCUGUGAACUCUGAGUAGGCAUCAGGAAGGGUGUCUGGCCUGUAAAUGCUCAACUCUUCUCAAUCUCCCAGACCUCACCCUAAACAAGGGAUUACAGAAUAAUAAAAAGGGGGGGAGAAUAGAUUACUGAUCAGUCUACUGACGUUAACAAUAUUGUUUAUUUCUGAAAGGUUAUUAAACUAAAAUCACACUAUCUUCUUCUAUGAGAUAAACUCCAAAUAUACUUGAUUGAAAUCCAUCAUCCCUAAUUUCAAUGCUGAUGGUGGGAGAUGAAAUUUAAACACUGUUGAAAGGCAUCAAGUUGAUGGACAUUGAACUCUGAAGGACAAUAGAGAAGGAGAAUAACCAGAUGUUUCUCUGAUAGUAUCUGAGGGUCACUCCUAGAAUAACUCCUAACCAGAAACAAAAAGUUUAUUAAACAUUAUUUGCUAUAUUUCACAUAAAUUAAAUAUUUUUGUUGGAAGCAAAGCUGUGCUUCUAUUUGGUUUUUGGUAAACCACGUGCAAAAGACAUUAAGUGUAAUUCUUUGGACACAUAUUUGAUGACUGUCCAAGCUAUUGUAACAGAAAAUGGGAGGGCUUAUCCCUUUUCUGAAAGAAACAGAAAAUAACAGUACUGUACUUUUUCCUAAUCACCAUCCUUUCUUUGAAUCCUGCCAUACCAUAAAUCUGUUUGAUUUACAAAUGAUUCCAAAUACAUUGUAAACUCAGCUGAUUUUUCUCUUGUUCCUCCUCACCAUUUAGAGGAGGACACCACCACUGAAUGAGCACCCAAAUAGUCUUCUACACUACCACCACAAGCGAGACAGUUCUGAAGUGAGCUUUGCCCAUUUUAAGACCUUUCUUGUUACAGUUGUUAAGUGAAUUACUGCAGGUGUCAUUAGCAACACAUUUGU